AUGACGUCCUCCUCGCUGCCGUACCUGGCGGUCUUUGCUCUACUUGUCCCUCGGUCAUGGCAGCAACGAGACCCGGUACAAGAUUUCUGUCGGCGGUUUGGUCACCAAUCGACUAUCAUAGACGACAAGCUAUACAUCGACGGCGGUCUGAUAAAUUGGAAUCCAAUUUCAACAUAUCCUCAAAACUACUCCAAUACUUGGCUCUCGUAUCAUGACCUGCAAAGGAAUGGCGCAAGUGGCAUGCCUCAAUUGCAUGCCAACCUCUCGAAGAACGCAUCUAUCCCGGACGUCAGUGGGGGGAUCCUAUGGGGCGACGACAUCAAUAAGCAGUUUUAUCUCUUCGGCGGGGAGUACUACAACACACCACCCACGCCCUUCAACCUGUACUCAUACGAUGUACUCAACGACUCAUGGAAUAAUCUGGGUCCACCGAGCCAGAGCGGGAUCAAUCCGGUAUCUUAUGGCGCAGGCGUGGGCAUUUCGGAGCUGGGGUUGGGCUUCUACUACGGCGGAUGGCUUUCCAACAACUCGGUACCAAGCUGGUCAGGCCCACCUAUGGCUACGACCGGCUUGAUCAAGUACGAUAUGGACCAGGGUUCAUGGACGAACAACACAGGGCCGGAUUCGACGCGGAGGGCCGAGGGGACAAUGAACUAUAUACCAGCCUCGGAUGGCGGGCUGCUGAUCUACUUUGGUGGAAUCCAGGACCAGGAAAAUGGCACAACCACAGGUCAGCCUAUGGACGAGAUAUUCAUAUACGACAUCCUCAGCGGGCGAUGGUACAAACAACAGACAUCUGGCACGACGCCACAGAUGCGAAGUAGGUUCUGUUCUGGGGUAACGUGGGCGGAUGACCAGUCGAGCUAUAAUAUAUAUCUGUAUGGUGGUGCUGGUAUGCCACCGGAUACUUCUGGCUUCGACGACGUGUAUAUAUUCAACAAGGGACAAAUGCUUGUCAUCGGUGGUACUUUCCCACUCAGUGACGAAUGCGACGUAGCCCCUCAAUGGGGGAUGCACAACCUCGUGCUGGGCCAGCAGGCCGACCCAAAUGCGAAUCCGUGGCAGCUACACUCCACAAACCUAACGACGUACGCGGUGCCAGACGAGAUCAUCUCCGUGGUGGGCGGCCAGGCCACGGGCGGAGCAACGAGGACAGCACCUACCGGUGGUUUCGACAACUCCGAUCUCAAUGUCCUCAUGACGAAGCGGGCUACCAUAGCAGCUCGAACCCCAACACGGUCCAUUCCCACCGCCACAGGCGACUCCUCGUCCUCCAACGGCACGCACCUCAGCACCGGCGCGAUCGUGGGGAUAGCAGUGGGCGGCGGCGUGGCCCUCAUCGCCCUGGUAGUCGGGCUGUGCAUGUUCGUACGGAGACACCGAAGAUUCCGCUACGGCGCCACGGGAGGCCGGCACUCCGGGCCCAAGUCCAGCGCGGGAGGGAGUAGCAGCCCGUACACCUUUGGGCCGGGAGGCACGCCGUGGAGCCCCAACAGCGCCUACAGCGGCGCGGCCCACACCCACGACGCGCACACGCCGAGCAGCUACGGGGCGCCGCCGAGCCCGUUUGCAAGGCGGCCGAGCAACAUCAACGUCCAGCAGGGGCCGGCGGAACUAGCGGCGCCCGUGCCGGACGGCCGGGACUACGACAUCUCCCCGGGGGCCGCCAUGGGGGGCAUGGUCGACGGUAGGGAGUUCGGGGCGCAGCGGCGGUCGCUGAGGACGUCCCACCGCAGCGUGAGCUCCUCGGGCGCGGUGCCGUUCUACGGCGACCAGCCCAAGUUCGAUGACUCCGGCCGGCCGUGGUACCCGCAGGUCAGCCGGAUGGACGAGGGACCCUUCCCGAGCCCGCGGUCGGUGUCGAGCCACAGCCCCGGGUACAGCCCCGCGCAGGAGAUGGACUCGAGGUGGCCGCUGGGCGUGACGGGACACACCCCGCCGGGCGAGACGGAUUCGGGGUCGGAUGAUAGGGCCCGCGAGGGGAGGGGCGGCGCGAGGCAUGAGACUUUUUAUCAUCCUUAG